CUCUUUGACAAAAUGGGUAAACUCGAUGUUCUUUUGCUUCGCCAAACAUCAAACAUCAAAUACAGUCUACGGAUUCGCUGCCGCAAAUUAUUUGGACAAAAGCACUCGGCCUUUUGCUACGGCGGAAGAAGAAGAGCCAAACAUGCUUUUGAUUAGAUCACCGCUCAAUGAGGCUGUUGUGGAUAAAAAGUACUACCUUAAGCAUUCAAAACUAAUAGACGCCUUCCAAUGGACCCUUGCCUCUGCGUCUUCAAUCCGAGCCUUCAAUCUCCAGAGGCUGGAGGCCCCCAAGUCGUUCCUAUGUGCUGUGGAUGACAAAGGAGUCUUCACUACGUUCACUACAUUCUCCGGAUUAUUCGUCGGUGAGUACGUUACGCUUGGGCCUGAUGACGAUGAUGCGAUCAUAAUAUACCCGAUGAGAGAAGUUCCGGGCCAUAUGCCAUCAAAUCCCCCGUUUUUGAAUUCACCCUCGACGAGGGUUUGUAAAUCGUCCUACCAUCACUAUGCUGACAUUGUCAACAAUACCUAUUAUCUUAACUGUACUAACGAGAGGUGGAUCAAACCAGGGCACAAUCUUUCAGAACCUUUCCACCGUCUGGAUUCUUUCAAAGUCCUACAAACAUCGGCUUCAAAGCCAUUUGCAUUAAUUGCUUUCAGUGAUGAGAUCCAGACUAUGAAUUUAGAUACAGAAUUAGCAACAGGACAUAGCAUUGUCUCGGGUCCUUCCACGGUUAAUAUCCCUGAAACCUUUGGUGCUGCCCCAAAGACGCCUGAUGAUUUCGACCCAGUGCAAAACAGUGGUGAGUUUAAUAAAGGCAAAGAUAAAAACAUAGUCCUACUUGCCUGUCUGGUGGGUGCUGGAGUGCUUCUCUGA